AUGCAUUGUGAUGAACUGAACACAUUUAGAACUAAAUAUAGAAAUUUGUCGGUUGUCAUCAUAGAUGAAAUUUCAAUGGUUGGCAAUGCAAAAUUGGAAUUUAUCAAUGAUGGACUUCAGCUUCUUACUGGUUUGAAGAGGCCCUUUGGAGACAUUAGUAUUAUUGCUGUUGGAGAUUUCUUUCAUAUUAAACCAAUCAUGGAUGGCUGGAUUUUUCAGGAUUUAAAACAAAAUGUCCAAGCACUUGCAUGUAAUCUUUGGAAAGAAAACUUCACCUUACUUGAGUUAGAUGAAGUAAUGCGACAAAAGGACGAUUUAGCAUUUGCACAGCUUUUGAACUGUCUUCGUCACAAUGAGAUGACUUCUGAGGACUUGGCUGUAAUUCAGAUGUACAUCAUUACUGAAAAUAGUCCUAAUUAUCCACUCAAUGCUCCCCAUCUUUUCACAAUGAAUGCGAAAGUUGAUGAAUAUAACAAUAAACUUAUAGAGCAACUUCCUGGUGAAAAAGUCAUUGUAAAAGCUGUUGACAGUGUCCUCAAAGACCACAGUAAGUCUGUGAAAGACCGACUACUCCGAUCAUUGCAAAAUCAAGAUGAUGUUAGCAAAACUGCAAACCUGAUGACAAGACUUUCUCUAGCCAUUGGAAUGAUUUAUGACAUUACUGUUAAUAUUGAUGUUACUGAUGGCUUGACAAAUGGUUCAUCAUGUACUGUAUUUCUUGUUGAAAACAGAUUGCCAGGUGUAUCAAGGCCAAGUAUUAGUGUGGGUGAAGUUUUUGGAUUCUGCAGUAGGGACAAUUGCUCGACAGAAAUACAGACACCUUUUCCAUGA